AUGUUUGUGGAGUUGUCCACUUCUUCUGUACAUUUUGAAGGUUCUAAUAGGAACAGAUUCUUGAACAUCUCGUAUUCUCGUUCCAUGGUUUUGAUGAAGUAUGCAAUGUUGCUUUGCGCAAGUUGGAUGCAAUCUUUGGAUGUGUCCUGUGCAGCAACGUGUUGCUGGAUGAUUGGGUUCAACAGAUUAGACCGCGACUUGAAGUACUGGUUGUAA